GACUAUAAAACUAACAACAAUUAUUAUUAUAACUUUGUUUGACCUUUGCGUUAUUGCCUUCUAAUCUUAUUAAAAAAGUAGGGAUACAUUUUCUAAUAAAAGUAGAAGAUGUAUCAAAAAACAAAAUGAUAACAUGUCCGUAUUUGCAACACCUACUAGUAUUUUUUCUUUAAAUCAAGUUGUUCAACGAAAAAUAUUUUUUUUAAAAACUUAAAGCCAAAAUGUCUAACAAAUUAACAAGUGUUAAAGAUUACGAGAACUACGCUGUCAAUACGUUGCCAAAACCGGUUCUUGGUUAUUACCAAGGCGGUGCUUGUGAAGAAUUUACUCUUUCCAUAAACAACAGAGCUUUUAAUAAAUUACGAAUAAUACCACGUAUGCUACGUAAUGUGCAGAACCGUGACUACAGCCUAACCGUCCAGGGAAACAAAGUACGGCUUCCUAUUGGUAUUUCACCGUGUGCAAUGCACAAGAUGGCACACGAGGACGGAGAGUGUGCAUCGGCUAGAGCUGCCGGUAAAUACGGAGCAAUAUUUAUCCUUUCGACAUUAUCCAAUUGCAGUUUAGAAGAGGUAGCUCACGCAGCACCAGACACCGUUAAAUGGUUUCAACUUUAUGUUUACAAAGAUAGAGCAAUGACAAUAUCUUUGAUCCAGCGAGCAGAGAAAGCCGGGUACAAAGCGCUUGUACUUACUGUCGAUACGCCUGUUUUUGGAAUACGAUACAGAGAUAUAAAAAAUAAUUUUAGCUUACCAAGUCACUUAAAAUUAGGAAAUUUCUCUGAAGAAAAUUCUAAAAUGUCCAAAACUGAUGGCUCUGGUUUGACAGACUAUGUAAUGAAGUUGUUCAAUGAUCAAUUAGUGUGGGACGAUGUAUUAUGGCUUAAAAGAAUUACAAAGCUGCCAAUAAUUAUCAAAGGUAUCCUUAGCGCGGCAGAUGCUAGAAUCGCUGCUGAUUUAGGAUGUAAUGGAGUGUUUGUUUCAAAUCACGGAGGAAGACAACUUGACACAUCACCAGCAACAAUUGAAGCACUUCCCAGUAUCGUGCGAGAAGUUGGACACCAAGUCGACGUUUAUCUUGAUUGUGGUAUAAGACAAGGUACCGAUGCGUUCAAAGCUUUAGCUCUUGGCGCCAAGAUGGUGUUUUUGGCUCAACCAAUAUUGUGGGGUUUAACUUAUAAUGGCCAAAAAGGAGCUGAAGAUGUCUUUGGUUUAAUUAUUAACGAAUUCGACAAUGCUAUGGCAUUGACAGGAUGUCGGAAACUAGAUCAAAUAAAAAAAGAAAUGGUAGUGCACGAAUCAGUGUUCUCUAAAUUAUGAAAAAAAACUAGUUACCGUAUUUCAAUAAUAGAUAAUUUUUUUUAAUAGUAAAUAUGUUUAUACAAUUUUGUUUUUAAUAAAUUACUUUAAUUACAAAU